AAGAUUAGCUUUGAACUCCUCGGUUAGCAGAGUAUCAGCCUUUAUGGAUAUCGCGUCAGAUCAGUCUCUCUCCACCUACUGUGUUUUGUUUGCCAUUGGAAGUAAAUACUGCGAUUAAAUAUAACGUGUUGAGAGAUUUUGUCCAACUGAAUCAGUGGGUAUUCACAGAACCAUCACAGCUAACACCUAUAUCAACACUCACAAUUACCUGAACUACCAACAGUGAGUUUGCCUACAAUUGCAGUCUCUGUAAAGAGCAUCCAAACUUGACAAGGAAACGUCAUGGAAAUGCAGUGGAGGUGGGCGAUGGUGUGCGCCUCGCAUCACCGAGCGGCGUGCUCUGUGAUUGGGGAUAGUCGCUGCUCGGAGUUGGCGGCUGCAGCCUGCCUGCAUCGGCCCGCGUCUGCAAACCUUCUUGUGCUACUUUCCGACGCGAUCUGCCUUUUCUUCUGAAGCAAAACGCCUUUGUCUUCGGUUAUUCUGACGGCUUCUUCUGCGGAUUUACAUUUUGCUGCUCGGACUAAGAGUGGAAGUGGGCAGCGUAGCGUUGCUGAGCAGAGUGUCGGAUCCCAGAGCACCCAGGAUGAAAUGAACAGCAAUAAACCACAGACUCGGGAUCAGGCUGCAUUAACCACUGGGUGAUCCUUGCUGUUGACUUUAAAGCAAAGUCACGUAAAGUUGUGCUUCUCGAGUGGUUCCAGUGAACGUCCAUAAUAUGAAGAACAGCGAUGAACAAAUGUCUACAGUCUCACAGAAACUAUCAACCCCAACCCGGAGUUCCAGCAGCUCUUUUAAGCAAGAUGUUCGGCAGGAUAGCUGGGAGAUUGUGGAAGGACUUCGAGACAGUACAUGUGCCAUCCUGGAGCCAGAGAAGCAGGAAGGAUACAUGCUGAAGAAAAGAAAGUGGCCUCUGAAAGGGUGGCAUAAGCGAUACUUCUUCCUGGAGAAAGGAAUCCUGAAGUACGCAAAAUCUCAGGCCGAUAUGACAAAAGGAAAACUUCAUGGAUGCAUUGAUGUUGGGCUGUCCGUGAUGUCGAUAAAGAAGAAAGCAAACUGUAUUGAUCUUGACACAGAGGAGCAUAUAUACCAUCUGAAGGUGAAGUUACAGGAGUUUUUCGACGAAUGGGUAGCAAAGUUGCGUCACCACAGGCUCUACCGCCAGAAUGAAAUUGCGAAGUUUCCUCAUGACAUGACAAAUCAUUUCUUCUCCAUCUCAUCUGUGACUGACUCCUCACCAAGUUCUUUAAACUCUCCCUCUUUCAGAAAGUUGCAGAGAGGAAGUUUAUGCAAGCAGAUGUCAAUCCAAACUAGCCCAGUUUUUCCUGUCAACUAUUCUAACAGCCAGUCGAAGGUGACAGCGUGGUUACAAAGUUCUGAAGAUAUAGAUAAGUGUUCAAAAGAUCUUUCUCACUGCCAUUCCAAUUUAACAGAAUUAAUGCAGCUGCUACAGAGUAUGGAAGUUAUUCAUAGGACAUAUUCAGCACCAUCUAUUAAUGCUAUUCAGGGAUACGUUUUUGAGGGUUCCAAGAAGGACAAGCGUUUUCAGAGAAGAUGGCGGACCAAAAGUUUUGGUAAAGAUGCUAAAUCAACAUUACAGGUUCCUUGCAUCCCUGACAACCCAACGAGACUGCAUGCAUCAAACCCUAACCUGUCUGAGGUAUUUCCUGUGGAAACAAAAGAUUUUUCAGAUGGUUCAGAGUGGCCUACAGAUUAUACAAAACUGCAUGAGGAUUUCUGCCUUGUUGCUCAGGAAGUUCAUUCUGCUCUGAAAUCGGUGUAUAAUUCAAUGGUAAUGGAAAGGGAGAAACUGAAGCAGUUGGUAUCAGAACAUGAUGUUUGCAAUUCUCCAUCAGCACAGAUCAUUGGCCUAAAAACUGCCUUGAGCUCGGCUUUAGCUCAGAAUGCAGAGCUCAGAGGCCGGCUGUGCAGGAUACAUGCUGAGUCCCGGCUUGUAGAUCCAGCUGUCACUCUAUUUUCAAGUCCAGGUUCAGUAAAGCAGCAAGACCUCACCCAAGUAAAUAGCUCACUGGUGCAUCAGGUGUCUAAUGAAAGCAAGAUCUCCCGAGCAGACUCCUUCUGCGAGUUCUUUGAUGCACAUGAAGUUUUAUUAUCUGCAAGCUCAUCAGAGAAUGGGGCUUCAGAUGAUGAUUCAUAUGUCAGCGACAUAAGUGACAAUACUUCAGAAGAUAACUUGAGCACUGAGGCAGAAGCUAAUGCUCAGACAAUGUAUCAAAAUGCUGCAAGUCAGAAUUGUAGAAGAAGAUCAUGCCUGCCAGCCCCAGGACCCAAUAAUAGCAACAUAAGCCUAUGGAAUAUUCUAAGGAAUAACAUAGGGAAAGAUCUUUCCAAGGUUUCCAUGCCAGUUCAGCUAAAUGAACCUUUGAACACACUUCAACGCCUUUGUGAAGAACUGGAAUACAGUGAACUGCUUGACAAGGCUUCUCAGUCAGAUGACCCAUUUGAACGGAUGGCUUUUGUGGCAGCCUUUGCCGUUUCUGCAUAUGCAUCUUCUUACCACAGAGCUGGGAGUAAGCCAUUUAACCCAGUUCUAGGAGAGACAUAUGAAUGUGCAAGGAAAGAGAAAGGCUUCAGGUUUAUUGCUGAACAGGUCAGCCACCAUCCUCCAAUAUCUGCGUGUCAUGCUGAAUCAACAAAUUUUGCUAUCUGGCAAGAUGUGAGGUGGAAAAACAAGUUUUGGGGUAAAUCAAUGGAGAUUGUUCCAGUUGGAACAAUUCAUGUAACUUUUCCGAAAUAUGGAGACCAUUAUGAGUGGAAUAAAGUAACCUCUUGUAUACACAACAUUCUCAGUGGACAGCGGUGGAUUGAACAUUAUGGAGAGAUUGUCAUUAAAAAUACAGCAAGUGACAUUUGCCAAUGCAAGCUGACAUUUAUGAAGGCUAAGUAUUGGAAUUCAAACGUUAAUGAGGUUGAGGGGAUCAUAAUGAACCAAAACGGGGAAGUAAUGAAUCGACUAUUUGGAAAAUGGCAUGAAGGUAUAUAUUAUGGAACACUCCCAUCGGCAACAUGCAUCUGGAGACCAAAUUCCAUGCCAAAAGAUUUUGAGCAGUACUAUGGACUCACCAAAUUUUCACUGGGAUUAAAUGAACUGGAAACUGAUGAAAGAUCAUACCUUCCACAAACUGACACAAGAUUCAGACCUGAUCAAAGAUACCUUGAGGAAGGUAACAUAGAGGCUGCAGAAUUUCAGAAACAAAGAAUUGAACAAUUGCAAAGAGAAAGGCGGAAGGUUCUUGAAGAAAACAACACGAAACAUCAACCUCGCUUCUUUAAGCAAUCUCAGGAAGGUGGAAUGGAAAUGUGGGUGAGCACGAAUACCUAUUGGGAACUACGGAAAGAUCCAGGCUUUAACAAACUUGACGGUCCAACACUUUGGUGACAUAUCAAUGCAUAUUCAUUCAUUCAUUCAUUCAAUCAUUCUUUGUUUCAUGACUAUUAUACAUUAUUUAUUAUAUAUAUGUAUUCAGGGGUCAUCUGUUAUCUUUAUAUAUAGGUAAUUAUUUAUUAUACAAUUCUAGUUACUGAAAUAUGCUUGAAUAGCUUGAUGCCUUAAAACAGCUAGGAUUAAAUUUAAUGGGAUUUUUGCUUCAAAUAUCAUUCAUGUACUGUAACAUUUUGCUGUUUGCAAGAUGUAUCAAGAACAGUAGUUAGAAACAUCUGCAAACAUAUAAUGUUAUUGCUUGCAAACAAAUGAACAAGUAUCUAUAUAAAUUAGUAUUGUAUUAUGAAUUUGCAUUGUUUUUUAAAAAGCCACACAAUGCUUCCAAUAUUGAAUUAAUUCAAAUCUCAUUACAGAACUUUCGAUAUUGACACUUAUUCGUGGUAAAUUAUUAGUCUGCUGUUUGUAUUUAAAUUAUGUAUAUAUAGAGUGUAGAAAAUUCAGUGAUCUACCAAAAACAUCUGCAGUGAAAUUUCCAUUGAAGAUUAUAGUUGGAUCGAAAUAGUCAGCAAAAAAUACAUUAAUCUUAAGCUUCCUAUUUUUCCUGUUGCCAUUUUCAUCCCCUCUCCUGCUUAUCGUCACUUUGGUUAAAAAAAAUGUGCCUGGGUUUUCUGAAGCUAGUCUAUAAGAAGUAAGGUGCUGGGAAUUUUGCUUUUCCCAGAAGUGCAUGUAGAUUCAGUCAGCAUGACUUUCUAGUUAUACAUCUGUAUCUAUCCUGAGAAUAUUUGCCACAAAAAACGGAAGUACACUAUUAUAAACCUACUAGACGCACAGUCAAUUCAAAUGUUCAAACUCUGGGUAGGCGAACAUAUCACUCACUACACAGGUUCUUAAUUUUGUAUUUGACCCUAAUUUGCAGUAUCAUUGCACAUUUUUUGUGAAGACAAUUCAGUAGAAAUUUUUGCUGAUCUUCUGCUGAGACAAUCACAUGUGUUAAUGUUGACAAAUAUUCAGAUCAACACACUCUUACUUGGAAAUUGAUGGAUUUCACUGUAUUGAAAACGUUCAUAACUUUUUGAACACCAUCUACCUCUUCCAAAACAAAUGGCUGUAUUCCCCCAACUUUUAGCGCAGCUAAUCUUUUUUUGCCUUAAACAAAAA